AUGUUUGGUACAUUUGGCCGGUCAAAUCCCCCGAGCGACCGCGAGAGUCAGGCCUUGAAGGCCUUUCUUGUAUCCGCUGAGCGGUCGGAAGAGGAAGUCAAAAGCUUCAUAGACGCCAACUUUGCGAACGACAUCAUAGAGCGUUUUAUCCCGUCAAUUUUUCACGAAAAGGCAAUCGACGCCUACGAGGCUGCGGGCGCCACCGUACCAAGGCGUCCAGGCUUUGGGUUGCUGCUCAACGUGCAGACGGGAGACGACGAGGAUGACGCCUUUCCUAGAUUGUCUGUCGACGCUGAGGACGAGGACAGCUGGAGGGCGCACACCCUCUUGAUCCGCGAGGUCUGUAUGCUCCGCGUCGUGGAGGAGCUGACCAAUAAGCCAGAAUGGUGGCUCAAGGUAAAAGACGACGUUAUUGCUGCAAAGUGGAAGACUGAAAUUCUGCAAAUGGAUUGGAGGGCUUUGGUUGGGCUCUGGGCCGUUUUCACGGAAGGAAUGGCCGAUGCCGUUAUUGCUGAGCUGCGCGCCAAGGCUGACCUCUAUCAAGAAACCGGUCUGAUCCCCGUCAUGGACUACUCUGCCUGUGCCAUCAAAUCAGACCGUCUCAUGACUGACGAGCUGGUGCAGCGGCUCAAGGCUGCCGUUGCGCCGCUCGAGAAUGUACCGGACAACGUCAAAGACUGGCAUCCCGGCAGCGAGGGCAAGGUUCUCGACAUCGUCCACCCCUCCCUGUGGCCGCUUGUCUACGGCCGCACGCGUGUGCUCCCCGACAAGACGAUUGGCGUGGCCGACUGCCUCAAGCACGCCGGCACCGGCGUCACGCUCCCAACACUGGAGCCGAGAAGGGACAGUGACCAGCAUCAGGCCCGCAGAGUCCGCGCCAGGUACUGGAUCGACGACAUUGAGCUUUCCACCCGCUACCAGUGGCUCCCCUGCGACGUGGCGCUCAAGGACGGCAAGGCCACCAUUGCCAGCUACAUCAACAACGUGCACCCCGUCCGGCACGCCAGCCUGUAUCCCGUCAUCGAGGAAUUUAUCAACCUCUCGCUGCCGGCGUGGGAUCUCGUGUACCGCUGGCCGACCGAGUUUGAGUUCAAGCGCAUGCACUGGGACGAGAUUUACAAAUGGGACUGCAAGGCGCCCGACUUUUGCAAGGGCAAGUGUGACCCCCACCGCGUUCCCAUCUCCGAGGGCGGCAUCCCCGGGCCACGCGAGGAUGACGAGACUACUGGAAGUAACGACGACGACGACGACGACGACGACUUUGACGAGGACGCCUACUACGGAAUGCAGCGCGGCGACGCCCGCGAGCAGUGGUUCGCGCGCCACCACACCAUGAUCCUCCCGGACCCGAACAGCACCAAGUACUGCGACAACUUUGCUGCGUCCGAAAUCAUGCCGUCGUCCCCAGGCGAGCUCUUUGGCAGCGACGGCGAGGACACGCCCACCCUCCAAGUCAUUGUCAAGCUCGCCAGCAUCCACCUGACGCCCGACAAGCCCAGCUACGCCGGCGGCUCCUGGCACGUCGAGGGCCAGCGCAACGAGCACAUUGUCGCCACGGCGCUCUUCUACUACGACUCGGACAACGUCACCGACAGCGCGCUCGCCUUCCGCACCGCCGCCAACGGCGAGGAGCUCGACAGCGAGUGCUUCUACGAGCAGGGCGACAUGCUGGGCAUCGAGCGCGCGCUCGCCAUCCGCGCCCGCGGCAGCGUCCUCCAGGACGUCGGCCGGGUGAGCACGCGGCCCGGCCGCGCCCUCUUCUUCCCCAACCUGUACCAGCACCGCGUCAGCCCCUUUACGCUCGCGGACCCGACGCGGCCCGGGCACCGCAAGAUCCUCGCCCUGUUCCUCGUCGACCCCAAGGUGCCCGUGCUGUCGACCGCCAACGUGCCGCCGCAGCAGCGCGACUGGUGGGAGCAGGAGGUUGGCGGCGCCGGCGCCGGCCUCGGCGCGGGGGCGAUGGAGGAGGAGAUUGCGCGUCGUGGGCUGCCGAAUGAGCUGCGCAGGAUGGUCAUGGACGGCAUUGACUUUCCCAUCGCGCUGGACGAGGCCAAGAGGAUUCGGGAGGAUCUCAUGGCGGAGCGCAAGGUUCUGGUGCGGGACAGCCAGAGUAAGUGGGAUCAGACGGAAUUCAACUUUUGCGAGCACUAG